AUGGAGCAACAGACGAUUUCGGUGGCCAAGCCAGGGCUCACCUGUCGUUUGAGGGCCCGUUGCAGUGUCGUUGCGGCACAGAGCUGGGCAUCGGAUGCUGAAGGAGCUUCUCUGCUUCAGCUCACCGGGCUUCCGGCUCCGCUGCUCAGCCGCUUCGAUCUGAUCCUCGGUCUCCGAGGCGCCAGGACGAGAAAAGACGAGGAGGAGCUCGCGGAGGCCAUCCUGGGAGCCGCAGGCAGUGAGCAAGUGGCCGAGGAAGGUCAAGCCUUGCGGUUCCAGACCUUGAAGGACUUCGUUGCCGCCUCUCAAGAAAGCGUGCUUCGAGAUUCGCCGGAUGACAGCGCUCGCAAACUCUUGGAGACUUACUACCAGAGGCUUCGAGGACCCGGCCUCGGGCGCCCGCCCGGGGAGGUCAGCGUGACGGCGCGGAGCCUCGAGAGCUUGAUCCGACUGUCCCGGGCGCAUGCGCGCUUGAUGCGACACGGUGCUGUACAGCUGCAGGAUGCUGUCGCUGUGGUCCUGUUGCAUCAGGUAUGUUGGAGGAGCCACUCUCCAGAUUCUAGCCAGGUUCUUCUUUCGGAAAGCAGCUUUGGACCGCUCUGCCCGGCCCACAUCCGGCGUUUAGACAUGAGCAGUGACAUCACCUCUGGCACCGAUUAUGAGGUGGUCGAAGGUGCUAUCUUGUGGAGUCUUGGCCUAGAGAAGGACCGAUGA